AUGCCUUUCGGCCUAAAGAAUGCAGGGGCGACCUACCAGACAUUGAUGAAUGAAACAUUCAAAGAUGCCAUCGGCAAGUAUAUCGAAGUGUAUAUGGACGACUUGGUGAUUAUGAGUAACGAAGAAAGUAUGAUGCUGGUGAAUAUCCAAAAGACAUUCGACACCUUGCGCGGUAUAGGUAUCAAGCUAAACCCAGUGAAAUGCUCUUUCGACAUGGAAGAAGUGAAAUUCCUGGGUUUCAUUGUUACAAAAGAUGGUUUCAAGGUAAAUCCUGAGAAAGUACAAGCAAUCGAGAGAAUGCCUUUGCCAUCGACCAUCAAAGAAAUGCACAAGUUGGCAGGACGUUUAGCAGCACUGAACCGCUUCCUGGCCAAUCACGCGGCUAAGUCUUUCCCGUUUAUCAAAACACUUCGUAACUGCAUGAAGAAAAGCCAAUUUCAAUGGACUCCGGAAGCUGAAAGCGCAUUCCGCGAGAUGAAAGAUUGCCUCAUCAAACUGCCAACAUUAACUGCACCAGUCAAGGGAGAACCCUUGGUGCUAUACUUGUCAGCCUCCGACAGAGCAGUAGGAGCAGUAUUACUCGUUGAUCGACAAGGCGUCCAAACACCAGUUUACUAUGUGUCACGAACCUUGACCGACCCAGAAACCCGGUAUGCCAUCAUGGAGAAACUAGUACUCGCAUUAGUCCAUGCAUCAAGAUGGCUGCGCAGCUACUUUGCCAACCACGUCAUUCACGUGCUAACAAACUACAAUAUUGGCAACAUCCUCACAAGGCCAGAGAUUUCAGGAAGACUAGCAAAGUGGGCGAUAGAACUCGGGGGCCAUAAUGUGGUUUUCAGGCCAAGACCAGCAAUCAAGGGCCAAGUGCUAGCAGACUUCAUGACAGAAGUACCCGACGACAAGGAUCGGGAGUAUAAAGCAAUGGAAAAAGCCGAAAAACAGCAAGUAGAAGAACCAUGGCUGUUAUACACAGACGGCGCGUCUAACGAAGACGGCGCAGGCGCAGGUCUUCGACUGGUGAGCCCUGACAAACAUGAAUUCACAUACGCCAUACGUUUGGAUUUCAAGAGCAUGAACAAUGAAGCCGAAUAUGAAGCUUUCCUGGCUGGCUUAAGAUUGGCAAUCAAAAUGGGAGUUAGACACAUCGAAGCGCAUGUAGACUCCAAGUUAGUGGCCGGGAAAAUCAACAAGCAAUACGAAGCAAAAGGAGAUGUAAUGGCACUCUACCUGAGUCAAGCAAAGACAUUGCUACAAACCUUUUAUUCCUACAAAGUGCACCAUAUUAACAGAAGCGAGAACAAACCGGCAGACGCGCUAAGUAAGCUCGCAUCAACAAGUUUUCAGCACCUAGCAAAGGACGUGCGCAUAGAAGUUUUGAGCAACCCAUCAGUGCCACUAAGGGAAGUAAGCGUCAUUCAAGUAGGAACAACGUCAUGGAUGACUCCGAUAAUGGCAUACCUUCAAUCCGGGAUACUCCGGGAGAACAAAGUUGAAGCGAGGAAAGUCCAGUACAAGGCUGAACAUUAUCAGAUGGCUGAUGGAAUUUUAUACCGAAAGUCAUACCUUGGGCCGUUGUUGAGAUGCGUUGACCCCGAAGACGCAAACUACUUGAUCAGAGAAAUACAUGAAGGAAUCUGUGGUAUACAUGUCGGGCCGAGAAUGGUGGUGGCAAAAGUGAUGAACGCUGGGUACUACUGGCCUGGGAUGCAUUUAGACGCAGUAAAAGAGUUGAGGAAAUGCAGUGGAUGCCAAAGACAUGCUCCCAAGACGAUGCGCCCCAAAAAUGAAUUGGUACCAGUCACAACUGCAUGGCCUUUUCAACAAUGGGGAAUAGAUAUGGUUGGCCCCUUCCCAGAAGCCCAGGCGCUGUCAAAUUUAUAA